UGAGGGAGUAAAGAUUGCAAUUGCUGUCAGUGCAUCACGUUGUAGAGCCUGAAGGGAUUAUAGAGAUAUUAUAAAAACCUGGACCUGAUGGAGAGGCUCAGACAGGAGAGCUGUUGGGCUGAUGCAUGCAGGUACUUCCAGAGACUUGAACAGGUAUUGCCAAAAAAAUACAGCAAGCAACCAAAUAAAGAGAAAAACUGAAUAAGAAGUCAUGGAGAUGAAGCCCAACAGCUCAGACCUUCCGCCAUUUUUUUACAUGGAGGCCCUGGGCUUACUGCCAUCCCAGACCUACUUUGCUGUCGUCAUGGGGACAGUGGCCUAUUGCUUUAUCUUGGCUGGCAACAUGACCAUGAUCCUGAGCAUCACCCUGAACAGAAGUCUGCACAAACCCAUGUACCUGAUGCUCCUCAACCUGCCCGUCAACGACCUGAUGGGUGCCACCGCUUUCUUUCCCCAGCUCAUCAGCAGCAUCGCCUUGGAGGACCGCUCUAUCUCCUGUGCAGCCUGCUUCCUUCAGGGGCUGCUGGUGCACCUGUACGGGGGCGGAGCCUACAUCAUCCUCACUGCCAUGGCGUACGACCGCUUCCUGGCCAUCUGCUACCCACUCAGGUACAGCACCCUCAUGAGCAAUGCCAACCUGCUGAAGAUUAUUGUGGUGAUGUGGCUGUUGGACCUGGUCCUGAUCUCAGUCCUCUUCUGUCUGAUUGCUCGGUUCCGGUUCUGUGGGAAUAGCAUCGCUGACAUGUACUGCAAUAACCCCAGCCUGGUCAAGCUGGUCUGUGGAGACACCAGCAUCAACAACUACUACGGCCUCUUCCUCUCUUCUUUCCUGCAAGGGAUGUCCCUGCUCGCUGUGGUCUUCACCUACGUCCAGAUCCUGGUGGCCUGCCUCACCAACAAGCAGUCAGACACCAAGAGCAAGGCCCUGCGUACCUGUGCCACUCACCUGGUGAUCUUCCUGGUGUUCCAGGUCACUGCCAUAUUCAAGGUGGUCUCCCACAAGUUAAACCAGUCCCCAUACCUGAAAAGGGCCAUGGGGGUCUCCAUGUUACUGUUUCCACCCAUGUUUAACCCCCUGAUAUACGGAUUAAACACCAAAGAAAUUAGAAGUGUAGUAAUACAUUUUAUCACAAAGAAAAAGGCUACCAGCUUUGACAGAUGAAAGUUGGACGUUCAUUUUAAUGAACUGAACUUUUAGUAUUAGUCGUAAGAUGGCAUGAGUAAUCAGAAAUUAAAUGAACUUAAAUUAUUUUAUUCCCCUUGUCUACAGUGAGACAUGGAUUCUGUUUAUCCAUAGUUUUUUUCCCCAUCUAAAAUACAAAUGGAACUUUUUUAUUUCGCACACACAGUUUACUGACUUUAUUUUGAUUUUUUUGAUUUUUCAUUGCUGAAGAAACUGUUUUGAUCAAAGAAAAAAUGUAUUUAAUUGGGUGUCAACAUCCAGGAAGAAAGCACUAGAUUAAUCCAGGCUGAAGUUAUUUUUUAUCAAAUAAUAUUCCAGAACACACUAUCUGUUAAGUGUGACACAUCUUUCUGCUAUAUUUGACAGCAUACAUGACAUUGAAACAUGAAUUAAUAAGUACACCGAUGUAUCAAUAUUUCAUGAUAAAUGUUCAAAGUGCAUUGUUUGGGAUGGGCACACUAACAUGGACGAAAGUACUCAUAUUAUUAUUAUUAUUAUUAUUAUUAUUAUUAUUAUUAGUAUUAUUAUUAGUAGUAGUAGUAGUAGUCAUGGUAAAUGCUAUUUAUAAAUGUUAUUUGUAAACCAAAAAUCGUUACACUGUUUAAUAUAUGCUUGGUAUUAAUAAAUCUAUUAUUAUGAUUUUUUGCCUUUGAUUUAAAUCUCAUUGCCUUUUCCUUUCCACUCAUGUGAAGAAACAAUAAUAAAAUAUUAAAAUCUGUU